GAAUGGCCUAAUACUGCCAUCUUGCUGCUGGUUGGGCUCCUAUUAUUACUGAUUUAUAAACAAUCUAUAGUCCAUAAACUACUUAUGAAUCCUUUGUCUUCGUAACCAAACAAUAUAACGGUAAAAGUUUAAAACUAUAUAAAAACGUGAUGCCAUUUUGCAUCCAUAGCUUCUUCCAGUUACGAAUUUGAGAGUAACGUUAGUAGGCUGCGCUACAUGCGCUACAUUUAUCCAGCCCUACAGCAAACCAAGUGGUGGGUCUUUCGGCGAAUACAUAAAUUAAGGAUUGUGCCUUUAUUGUGACAGACCGUUUCACGGUGAUCGGGGAUAAAUAGCAUAGUAACCUAUAGUUGGUGUGGGGUCUAGUUCACCAUGUGCUCAUGGCAACACUGUAUCAAUAAUGCAAACAUCAAAAUAAAGGUUACUCACGCAGGUUUAACAAGCGGACCUGACACGUCGAGUGUGUCUUGGAGCACUGACUGAGCGUAACCACGAUGGCAAAGUUCCUGACUCAAGACCAAAUAAAUGAAUUCAAGGAAUGCUUUUCACUCUAUGACAAGAAGCACAAGGGUAAAAUUGAGGCCAAGGACCUGAUUAUAGUCAUGCGCUGCCUGGGGGUCAGCCCCACUUUCAUUGAGGUGGACAGACACCUGCAAAUCUCCAAGAUUGAUAAGUGUGGAGAGCUGGACUUCUCCACCUUCCUGACUAUGAUGCACCAGCAGAUACAGCAGGAGGACCCCAGAGCGGAGAUUCUGGAGGCCAUGAGGAUGACGGACAAGCAGAAGAAGGGCUACAUCUUGUCCUCGGAGCUCCGGGCCAAGCUCACCGGGCUGGGAGAGAAGCUCACUGAUAAAGAAGUUGACGAGCUGCUGAAAGAGACUGGCGUGGGACCAGACGGAUGUGUCCACUACGAGGAGUUUGCCAAAACAAUGACCCUUCCUUCUACAAACUGCUGAGCAGCCAUCCGGCCAGAUACAAUCAUGCUGUACCACAAAAGUGCACUGAUUCAAAGCAUCUGCAUGCUGGCUGCCCACUAACAACAUGUUGAGAUGAGAAGUUUUUUUUUUCUUUAUUAGCUUUCUGAGGUAUGUGUUUCUAUAGUUAUUACGUUUUCCUUAUAUUUCAAUUAUGUAUCCCUUAUAUAGAUUUGUAUGUCGAAGGAAGCAAUGGUGUGCCUGGUUGAAAUGUCUGCACUUUAAAUAUAUAACUAAUACUAACUGGCAUUGUUAUAGCUUAUCACUAUUACCAAGUAAUCACUAAAAAGCCUACUGACAUCUUCACAAAGUAAUGAUAUUGUUCUAAUUGAUAUAAAGAGGAACUUGAUUUCUUGAUAAUAAAUGGACAAAAUCAUUUUGGGUCCAAACUUGCUGUAAAAUUGUUUUUAUGUAAAUGUGAAAAAACUUUGUAGGUUUGGAUCAAACAAUCUCUCAUGGAGAAAAUGUGUAAACCAGAGGUAGUUUUUUAUUUUCUGGGGCCUGUAGUUUUUCCUGAUCUCAUGUCCUGGUCAGGUAAAACUCUGGGUCCUAUUCGUAGGCUACGACAAAAUAGCAUUAUUAUAGAUAGCUUCCCUUUUUGUCUGUGCUAUGACUAUAAGGUUGUUUUUUCCUGUCAGGUAAUGUGAAUUGGAAACACUGCUGACCUAAGGUGGACUUUUCAAACGACCACAAACCUUGUUGUUAUUCAUUCCGAAUCUGAUAUCAAAAGAGCCAGAGACAACAACGUCAAUGGACAACAUACCCUGUAGUUUAGUGAACUAUUAUAGCAGAGUAUUAUGCUUACAAUGUCUUUAAAUAUUAUAAUAUCUAUACACACACAAUGUUAACUCUUAAUAAAUAACCGUUCCAUUUAUUUAUUUUUUGCCUGAAAUUACACCCAAAUCUAACUGCCUAUAGCUCAGGCCCUGAAGCAAGGAUAUGCAUAUUCUUGGUACCAUUUGAAAGGACACACUUUGAAGUUUGUGUAAAUGUGAAAGGAAUGUAGGAGAAUAUAACAAUAGAUCUGUAAAAGAUAAUACAAAGAAAAAAACAACCGUUCUUUUUUACAUUUUUUGUACCAUCAUCUUUGAAAUGCAAGAAAAAGGCCAUAAUGCAUUUUUCCAGCCCAGCUGCAAUUUAGAUUUUGGCCACUAGAUGGUAGCAGUAUAUGUGUAAAGUUUAGACUAUUACAAUAAACCAUUGCAUCUCUGUUCAAAAUUUUGUAUCAUGACUGCCCAAAUAUGCCUAAUUUGUUUAUUAAUAACUUGAUGUUAAAA